AUGGACGAGAAGAGAAGAUUGAUAUCAUCGUCGGCACCGUAUUUACGGCCAACGAUCUCUAUACCGUCAAGUUCGACGGUCGAGAACUUGUUCACCGGCGGAGGCGGCAGGCCGGGGGAGAGUCCGGGACCGAUGACUUUAAUCUCGAACUUCUUCUCGAACAACGAUGUUGAAUCGGAUUGUCGUUCGUUCUCUCAGCUUUUGGCCGGAACUAUGUCAUCGCCUGCGCAGAUUCCUGGCCGUAUUCUUUCUCGUGAUUCGGAUGCCGGUGCUGAUGCUUCGGGCGGUGGUGCGGCCGUUGACUUUCAGUUUAGUAACGCCGGACGAGCGUCUGGUUUGGUAGUUACGCAAGCAUCUACGUUUACUAUUCCUCCGGGAUUAAGUCCGGCCACCUUGCUCGAUUCACCGGGAUUUUUUCUUCCGGCUCAGGUCACAACACAGGCUGCACAACUGCAACCUAAAGCAACCACCACACGCCACCGUCUUCCACCGCCUAUGCCAGACCAUACCACCACAAAGCAGUCACCGGAGUUUUCCAGUUCCGGUGGCCACUCCCACUCCCACUCCCAACCUCCGUCGGUAGCUGCUGAUAAGCCAUCGGAAGAUGGGUACAACUGGAGGAAAUACGGGCAGAAGCAAGUGAAGGGCAGUGAAUACCCAAGAAGCUAUUAUAAAUGCACAAAUCAAAAUUGUCGGGUGAAGAAGAAGGUUGAACGGAAUCUAGAUGGUUUAGUGACGGAGAUCAUCUAUAACGGCCAGCACAACCACCAACCACCGCGAUCGGAGUAUGCUGGUGUUGGAACUUCCGGCGAGCCUGAAUCAUUCAAAGGUCAGACUGGUAAUUUUAACCAUUCAAGAGUUGAUGCAAUGAGCAUGAAGGGUGAUCAACGGUCAGGAUCAAGCGACGGUAAAGAAGCCAGUGAUGAUGUUACAAUGCCUCAAGCAAAAAGGAGGAAUGUAGAGGUCAAGGCAGUCGAUCCGGUUUCAUCUCAUCGGACGGUUACGGAACCUCGGAUCGUUGUACAAGCAACCAGCGAAAUUGAUCUUCUUGACGAUGGCUAUAAAUGGCGAAAAUACGGGCAAAAAGUUGUUAAAGGAAAUCGUCAUCCAAGGAGUUAUUAUAAGUGCACGAGUCAAGGUUGCAAGGUUCGGAAACAUGUCGAGCGAGCGGCAAGCGACCCGAUGGCUGUAAUAACUACAUACGAAGGUAAACACAACCAUCUGGUACCAGUGGUUAGAAACAACAACCACGAUACAACAAAGGAAACCGCUUCGCAAUUAAGGCCUCAUGGUCCGAUAGGUCAUCUACGAUUGAAAGAUGAACAAAUUAUGUAGCUGGUUCGAGCUAUCCGAUCAUUUACGUUGAUUUUAAUUCGUAACUACAAAAUUGUAUAUAAAUUGUCAUCUAGAUACGUACUUGCCAAUUCUUUUGUUGGUUUUGUGUUUCGAAGAGUGAUCUACUAUUGGAACCA